AUGCGUCCUAGCCCGCGGGUCCCUGCCACCGACUUCGACAUUGCCUUCUGCAACCGCCAUGCCGCCCGCAUCGAAGAGCCCGUAAGCUUGGUUCAGCUGGACGCCGCCAUCGUGGGAAUUCAGCAUCCUUGCUUUGUCUCAUUUACAACCUACCGUGAGGCGAGUCCAGAGCUACGGGAGCGCGUGGUGAAGAAGGGCCCGACAGAUUUCGCAGCCCCCGACGCCGCCACCCUGUGCGCCAACAUAGCCAGCCCGGAUACUAGCCCAGGCGAAGUGCGAGCUUCGAAAGGCUUGCUCGUUGGCUAUUGGUUUCCAAAAGAUCAACUUGUCGAACUAAUCCCGGCCAGGUCGACAACGCCUCAAUGGAUCACGCACCUUAGAUCGACGACGUCUCGAUAUCUCUUGGACUUGGGUCUUGCCCAUAACCCACGUGCUUAUCCUGUUGUCACGCCGGCUGGGGGUCUACCCAUGUACCCAGUCGUUGUUAUCCGCACCGUUGCCGCAACGAGAAGUUUCCCAUACUUCUAUAUCCUCGCCGCACCGGAUCAGGGUGGGAUGCUUUACCGCUUCGCAAAUAAAGCUUCGAUGGGGGACAUAUAUUACCUUCCGCCUUAUCGGGAUGACUUUUUGGAGCCUUGGAAAAAUUGCGGCCCUCAGUUUAUGGCCGAUGCCGUUGUCCUAGCCUUUUCAAACCUGGCAAUCGAAGAUUCCCGGCCGCGACAGACGUCCCAAUUGCCCCAGCCACUCCAGCAUGGACAUGCUACCCCUCGUUACACGCUUGCGCGGGCCUCGACCGAUGACCACCAUCCUAUAGCCGGUGUAGAGGUGGGCAUGGCCGCCGGGGGCUUAAACAGGGGCAGUAGGGCUGCCAAGCCUGCUAACGAGCUCGCUGAGAGGCUAGCUAAGGAGCCCGUUGAAGAGCCCGUCGAGGAGCCCGUCGAGGAGCCCGUCGAGGAGCUCGUCCUAGGGCAUGGCCGCCAGCCCGCUGCAGUACCCGAGGAGACAGACAAAGAGAUGGACAGAGACACGGACGAAGAUAUGGCUGAAGAAACUCCCGAGGAGGUGGGUGAGCAGUCGGGCGAUGGGGUGGCCGACCCGAACCUUCUCUGGGCCCUUGUCGAAAACGGUGACGUUCAGCUCACCGACGAGGUGCUUGUCGAAGCAUGGGAGGCCUUUACUGCACAGCACCCCGAGUUCAUGGCCAGCGUUACUAAAGACUUCACGUUUGAUGGGGGACUUUCGGACCUCAGAGCCAUGGUGUAUGGCUUUCGCGCCGUCGACCCGCAGGUGCCCCUCGUGUACCUGAGACCCUGGGCUUAUGCCUUUCUGGACGUUUGGCUGGAGACCCCGGACAAGGCAGAGGAUUCGGACGGCCAGAAGAGUUUGGCCGUCGACUUUGCCAAGCAUGCAUACAGCUUGGUGACCGACAUGAUGGGGCCCAGCACACAGUACCGCCUCGUGGGAAAGGACGGCGACUAG